GCCCUUGGAGAGCACAGGCCAUAUCGUGAGGCCUACUUUGCAAAUGAUGCAUCAGACAUGAACUGACUUGUACAACUAAUGUACGUGGUUUGGAGUACGGAAAGCAGCAGGGGGAGCUGAACUCCACAAGGUUGCAGGCUUAGUGGAUGGCAAAGCUGUGGGCGGAUUUGCGCUGACGUUGGCCAUACUCGGGAUUAACUUGUUUUUAUGUCGCCAUAUCUGUCGCAUUCUGCAAGAUCACCUGCAGAUUCGUGUCUGGCUGCUGAGUACCGGCUCGCUUCCUUCAAUCUGACGUCGGUGUGAGUGCAUUGCAUGAAUCCGUGGCUGGGCUCCCGCGAGGUGCCUGGAUGAGGAGCAGAUGUCGCGCCGUGGUUGUGGCACUGAUGUCCCGUCGCACUGAUGGGGGCCGACGGCAGUAAAACCAGGAAGAGGCCGGCUGAAAGUGGGGAGGCAGUUGAAGAUUUCUCGUCUGGAUGGCGUGGAUUCUUCUCCAGCAUGGGUCUGUCCAUCCCGGCAAGCAUCUGCCGCCUGGCCCCACCUGCCUUACGUCUGGGCCAGCGCCGAAUGCUCCAAGGCAAGCCCCCUGACAUCCCAGAGCACGUACUGAGGCUAGCGGGGGUCGGCCCAGACAAGCUGAGAGCAGAGUGGAGCUUGCCGGGGUUCAUCUCCAUGUUUCUGCCUGAAUUCCCCCACAGAACAGUGCCUGGGCACGAACACUUUCAGGUGCUGAGUUACAUCGCCAAAGGUUCAUUUGGACCCAUACUGAAAGUAAAGGACAAGUCCAGACAGAGAACAUAUGCUGUUAAAGUUAUUCCUAAAUCAGAGAUUUUAAGACUUGGGGUAUUGGAGCAGUCCAAAGAAGAAGUUAUCGUUCAGCGUCAGGUUCGCCAUCCAUUUGUCCACGACCUCCAGGACUGCUGGCAGACUCAGCGCCAUCUCUACAUUAUGUGUGACUACUGCAGCACAGGAGACCUAUACACCUACUGGCAGAUGAUUGGUCAGUUCACAGAGGACACAGUGCGAGUGUUUGCUGCAGAGUUAGGAUGUGCGCUUGGUUUUCUGCACGACUUUGGGAUCAUCCACAGAGAUUUGAAGAUGGAGAAUAUCCUCCUGACAGAUAAUGGACACCUCCGCUUGGCUGACUUUGGUUUGUCCCGUCGCCUGGAGAGAGGAGGAAGAGCUUUUACCAUCUGUGGAACCAUUCAAUAUAUGGCCCCAGAGGUGCUGAGUGGUGGACCUUAUAACCAUGCAGCUGAUUGGUGGUCGCUGGGAAUUCUGCUCUUCUCAUUGGUAACUGGGAAGUUCCCCGUGUCUCCAGAAUCAGACCACUGCAGCAUGCUAAGAAAAGUGAGGAGUUUCCCCUAUGAGAUGCCCCUCAGCUUCAGCCCCCCAUUUGCCUUGCUCAUAACCGAGCUUCUGUGCAAAACUCCUGUCCGCCGCCUGAGGACCUUCGAGCGCUUCAAACGCCAAACCUACUUCAUUGGAACGACCUUUGACCUCACCCUGCUGCAGCGCCAGCCUGUGGAGGUGAUUCUGGAGUUGAGAGAGAGACCAGACCGUGCAGCCAAAGCUCGGCGAGGCCUCACUCUGUCCUUGCAGCCUCUGAAGGGCUUCGACUACGACCUGUUCCUUAGCCCUCCUGCCACACCGGACACACAGCUGGAUGCCAUCGCAUACACUCACACAGCUGUACCUCUUCCCGGACCUACACUCACCCUGCAUCCCCCUCAGGGGAAAGGCCCACACAGGGAAGUGUUUGUGUGACAGACUCUGAGUUUACAGGACACUUUAACACACUAAAGGUUAAGAUAUGUUUUUCUGCACGCUUACCUUCACACACAGGUGUGUUUAGCCUUCUCAAAUGUCUCAUGAUUCGACUGAAUCUAUUGUUUAGAAGGGAAACAACACAACUUCCCCAUCUGUGUUUGUGACUUUUAUGACAUUUUCUCUUUGGACACAUUUUUAUUCUUCAUGGUCUUGUUUGCCUUUCUCCAAUGAGCACCUUUUCAAGCCUACUGUAUUGAUAUCACAGUUUUGCAAGAACGAUAGCGCUUUGUUUCUUUACUUUCAGUUUUCCAGAUUGGUCAUGGUUGUACUGAUAAAAAAUCAAGUUCAACUGAUAUCUUAUUACCUAACAUAGAGAAGUCAUGCUGAUUAAAUACAAUGUACAGAUUCUUUUUUUUACAGUGAGUCCUACACAGUUUUAGGAAAAAUCAACCACACUACUUAAAACAUGAGUGUUUUUCUGGUUUCUGCCUUUUUGCCAUUUUCAUGAUUAUGAAAUUGUUUUGGCACAAGUCCUCUUGCCUCAUUUAUGAUAGAUUUUUGAAAUAUAACCUACUAUUUACCUUUAUUUAAUAAUACACUAAAACUUCACCUUUAAUUAAUAUUAUUAGUUGCAACUUGCAAGUACUACAGUUUCUUCUCCUGCACUAUUAAAAUCAUACAAGCAUCACAACAUCAGAUUGAGAUGUGUAUGCCUUCAACAUUUGCUCUAGUUUGAAUCAUUUCUAACAUGCGACUCAGGGAAGAAUAAGCUGGUUUUCCUAAGUCGGCCUUGAUUUUGUCUCAAUGAGCAACAUUUGUGCUUACUAUCAGUUCAUAAUUUGAUAAGUACGGGGCUCUUCUGUUGUCCAAGGCUGCAGUAACCCCAGCCAGUAAUAACACCCUCACGCCCUUACCUGAUCAUCACUUUAUGUUACUAUUUUAUGUAAAGUACGCCCUGAUGUGUACCCUGAAUGCCUCACGUCACCCCGAGCUUGCUUUUUGUCACCGAAAAAUACUUGUUAAUAAUUCCUCUUUAUAAAGUUUAUAUGAAGAUUUUGGAUGCUAUUUGAUGUUCUAUGUUAUGUUGCAAUGUAUUUUUGUAAUGACCUUGUAACACAGAUGGAAUAUUAAACUCCUACUGUACAGUGA